CCCACGUUAUGGACGAUCCGGAUAUACAAGAAACGGUCGAAUCGAUCCUCGGCAAAGGAGCUAAAGUUCUAGAUUGCGAGAAGACGUCUUCGAUAAAAGAAGAGGAAGUGCUAUACAUAAACGGCAUUCCGGUCAAAUUAGAAGGCAGCGACGGGAUCGCCAUCAAACAAGCCUUGAUCACGGGGCAAGUGCCUCCAUGCGAUCUACUCAACACCCUACUGAUCAAGACGGGAAUUUUAAAGGCACCCGUUAAGUUGGACACAUCUUUGAGUGUCAAGUCGACGACAGUAACAAAAGAAGAAGUCACCGUAUCACGUGCGGGUAAAGUAGUCGACGAAAGAAGCAGGGAAACGAAAGAACAGAAUUUCUAUACGAGCGCGUUAACGGAAGUGUUCGAACCAAUCAAAAUCAUACCAAAUUCCGAACUGAUAAACGGGCAGUACAGCAACGUUCAGUAUGCCGAAAACCACGCCAAACCCGAGUACUACGACAACAAUGGUUACGAAACAGGAAGUGAGCGGAAGUUCGGUUCGUGUUCCAGUGCGUCCAGCUAUGAAUCAGAGGAACCCUCCUAUCGCCCUAAACCAUGUCUCAGUAAGGAUUCUGGACACUUGAGUAAUUCUACUACCAAGGUGGAUUUCACACCGAGCAGCAUUGACUCCUUGAGUUCGCUAGACGAGACGGAUUAUCUAACCGAUCAGUUUCGAAAGUGCACAACAUUCAAUGGAAAUGGGUUCUUGAAUGGCUACAGUGGUGAUGAUAUUUUACCUACAAUAUUCGGGACCGUAGCUUCAGACCUCACACCAAAAGACUGUUCUAAUAGAAGG